AAUCAACAAUUGGCAUCUUAAUCGACAUGAAUUGUUUUCUUGAUCUUUAGCUUGAUCUUGAGUUUUAUUUUAGCUUUUAUACACAAACAUUAUAAUGGGUUUACUCACUGGGCUUGAUUUGUUUUGAACCCAAAGAUUUGUUUUGAUCUUGUUACAUGGAGACGCGUAACUAAGAUCAUUUAACCACUUCUUUAACCGUUUUUUAACCGUUUUCAUCUUAUAUUUUAAUUCUUUUUUGCUUGUGAAUUAAUUGUAAUAGUUAGAAAUUAUUGUUUUUAUUAGUGAAUCAAUUGAACUAAAUACUAGAUCAUUAGAACAGCAAUGAUUUCUUUAUUUUAAAAAGUGCAUCAUUAUACCGUGAACAAUGAAUAUUUGUGUUUACAAGUUAACUGAAGGAGGGAAAUUGUCUUCUGCUUGCAAAAUCAACCAAACUACAAAUUUCUUGUGUUUUAAUCGUCAUUUUAGAUGGCUGAAGUGCAUUGUUUUGGUUCCAUAAUUGGCACUGAUGAUGAUUUCAAUGGUGAAACUGGUCUAUUUGCCAAAUGGAAGAUUACUUAUGGUCCUAACUGGCAAUUAAUUGAAGGCAAUAGCUCAGGUGAUACUCAAGUGGAUUUUUCAUCGAUAGAUUCUCGCAGCUACUGGUCUCAUCCUAUUGACGUUCAUUUUGUAACAAAUGGUAUACAGAAUUGGCCUCGAUUCGAGUUUCAAGUUUUCAAAGAAGAUUCAUUUGGGCGUAUUUCGUUUGUUUCUUACGGUUUUAUCCACCUUCCAUCUACUCCAGGCUAUCAUAGACUUAGAUGUUAUACUUGGAAACCUAUUGGAGGCAUAACUGAUCGUAUUCACUCCUUUUUUACCGGAUCAAGUUUAAUUUUACGAAACUCUGAAAUAAUUUAUAACAAUUGUGAUCGCUUUAGAGUCCAAACGGAAAGUAAAGGAACAAUUUUACUUGAUUUAUAUUUGAUUGUUAAAAAUUUUGAUAGAUUUGGUGUUGAACUAAGCUGAUGAAUAAGCACCAGCAGAGAGAUGAAAUCAUUACCAACAAUCCUUCAGUUUAUAUUUUCUUUGUCUCUUAUUGGACUCUAUUGGGUUGGUGGUCAAGAUAAUUCAACAUUGGGACAAAAUUUAACUUCCGUGGCCAACUCAUCAAUUGAAGAAGUAAACAUUACUAUGAACAAUGAAAGUGUCACUUAUCCAUCAAUGAAUGAAUCUAAAUCAAAACCAGAGGCUGAUAGAGUCGCUAAUAAUCGUAACCAAUAUCAAUUGAGUCAAGUGCCGUUUGACUCAAGGUAUGAUUAUUGUUCUUGCGAUCUGAAAGCUGGAUUUUGUGACUUGAAUUGCUGUUGUGAUGAAGAUUGCAACGAUGAGGAGAGAGUAAUGUUUGCUUAUUGUGAAUCUGUCAAACAUUCAAAACAAUUGGAUCAAUAUUGCUUCAAAGAGUAUCCCGUGUAUCAAAACAAUACAAGAAGGUCAAUUUUAGUGAAGGAAUCGAGCUCAAGUUUAUUCUGCGUUUUUAAUGAUAAUGUGAAAAACAUCAAAACAUAUCCAGAUCGAAAGUCUGUGACAAAUGUUCAAGAAUAUCGUAAAAUCAUAACAUCUUCUGCAUCAGCCUUAACAUCAACCUUUUCUUGGUCUCAUUCACAUGAAGAAGAAGAUGAAAUCUUUACAUCAACUCAUGGUAAAGGUUUUCGAUAUGGAGACCCAAUUGUUGCCACUUCGAUAACUUCUCGUGGAGUUGAAAUUAACGAUAUAUUCAGAUUACCUGGAAGCUUGUUGGUAUCACAAGGAUUUUGUGAUACUUUGAGACCAAUUUUAUUCCUCAAAGACUCAUCUCAUUCGUGUGUAAGAGACAUUAAAGAUUACCAACAGGAAUGCAUUUCCAACCAGUUUUUAGGAGCAUCCAUUUAUUAUGAAAACAUUUACAUCAGCAAAAUGGGUUCAUCAAAACCAAUGGAACCAGAAACCAGGACUUAUUACCAAAUUGAAUACACUUCAUCAGAAAAACAAUCCGUGAAGCUGCCCACAACAACCAAGACAUCAACCUCAACUAAUAAGCAAAGUCAAACAGCUGAUGCUCGGAAUGUCCAGAGUAAAAUGGUCACAUUAUCCAUACCUAAUUGCAUGUAUCUCAAUGAAUGUAUUGCUAUUCAUUGGCCUGAUAAAGAUUCCAACCUCAAUGCUACUAGAUUGGUUCAAAAUACAAAAUUGCAAGCAAAGAUUUGUGAAGGUGUCGUAAAUGUGGUUAAUUAUACAUUUUAUUACGACCCAAAAGAUGGUAUCGACUUGAUUCGGUUAUCUUUUGGAUUUACAGAGUUAACUGAAAACUUACCAAUCAAGCAAACAUUCAAUGUUAACUUCAAGCCAAAUGAAAAUUAUCUGGUUAAUAAGACAUUUCCUUCCCAUGAAUUCAGUGGGAAUAAAGGUUACAUUUUUGGGAAACCAAUUUUAUUCCGUAAUUCAUCUUUAUCAAACAACAGCUCAAGUGAAAUUAAUCACUACAGAAUACCGUCACUUUCUCAGGGCAAUGGACAGUGCACGGUUAACCCAAUGAUCCAGCAAACUGUUAGAUUUGGCUCUAAUUACAGAACAGGCUGUAUGUUGAAUACAUCUCGUUUUUUAGUGGAAAAUAAAAUGUGCCAAUCAAUUCAACGAGAAAUUAUGGACUUGCUUGAUGGCGUAAAUAAGGAUUUGACUUAUGUUGCCAUGUUUGGGAAUCCAAACAUUUCUAAUCCAUCUGAUUGGAUUCCAAUUUUAGUCGACGAUGAACCUCAAAUACUUCAAUCAGAUUCUGUUCCCAGAUUAACUGCUGAUGAAAGAUGUCCAGCCUUGGUGACCGGCUUUUCCCUUGAUAUCUAUUAUGCCUUAGUGGGCCAAGAAUCUCAAUCUCAGGCAAAAAUCAUCAGUGCGGUUAAAAGAUUCAAUAAACCAGUUGACUUUCGUCUUCGAUGUCAUUCCCUUCUUUGCCGACACAAAAAUAAUAAUUUUCUGAUUGAACUCUCCUUGACAGUCAACUACAUUGACUUAACUUUCCCAAUUGAGACUAAAUUUGCACCUCCACCAAUUUUCCGAUUUCAAUUGCCUUCAGAUUUCUUUUAUCCAUUCCUAACCAAUUCAUUUCAUAAUUAUAAUGAUAGGAAAAUAUUUAUAUCUUGUGUAUUCAUCUCAUUAAUAAUCCAUUAUUUAUCUAAUCAACACAUUUAAUAAUAUUGAAUAAAUUAAAUUGUUUUUAAGCAUCUAUUUUAAUAUUCUUGUACUCUAGUAAACAGUUAAAUGAGCCACUUUCACGACUUUCAUGAAUUGUUAUAAAACGACCGGCUUUUUGUGAAUUUCAUUGAUAUGGUGAAUGGAAUUUCACA